CGGGAGUCUCGACUAGGGUGGGUUUUCCGGUGCUUGCAUGUUAUUUCAGUCAACAUCGAACACUAGAAAAGGUUUGCUUUCAAAUUCAUUUCAUGAUAAUGAUUUUCGUUUCUAUUUUGGUCUAAAGAGCGGCUAUCGCUUUAAUUAUUUUAAAUCAAAUGUUCUCACAAGCAUUGAAAGUAAUGACUGAAAUAUUUGUCAACGCUUAUUUGUAUGAAAAAUGUGGUCAAAGACCACAUAUAUCUAGAUCAAAUACGGAGAAUUAUGAUAAAGACGCUUUUGAUCAACAUUUGAUGAAUAUUCGAAAAGCAAACUUUUAAAAUAAUUUAAAUUUGAAAGCAUAAGAAGAUCUGUGUCGUAACAGAAUUAAUAGCGACAAUAAUUGAUAGACUGCGCUAGUGUACUACCGUCGGAUCAAAAAUAGUGAAAUAAAUUCUUUAUUCAGCAUAAACGAAAAGUGUGCAAAACUUCCGUGUGUCCCGUUUGAAUUUUGAUGUUAUUAGUUGAAGGUUGAGCUUGUCCGGUGUCGUUAAAACAUUGGUUGAGUAUUACCACCUAUCACUAUAUAACAAGUUGAUCUGUCGCAUAACAGAUGGCAUUCGUCUGUACGGUUGAUCCUCUUCCUCUGUGUUUGAAUAUAAGACAAAAUAGAUUGUGAUUGUUUAAGUUUCAGUGCACGUUUCCUUUUAUCUUCUGUGUCACAUUUAAUUCUCUAUUUUGAAUCUUAAAACAAACAUGUAUCGAUCACUGCUAAUUCUGGUUGUUUUGUUUGUCAUCGGUCAAUGUACUGAUCAUUUCGUCGAAAAAUUUGAUGGUAGGAAUUUAUAAUAAACUACUCUAAGAAUAAGUGUUAACUUUUGUUCUUAUCAGAUGGUGAUAAAUGGACGAACAGAUGGGUUGAAUCAACAGCAAAAGGUAAAGAACAAGGAAAAUUUAAAUUAACUGCCGGAAAAUUCUAUGGAGAUAAAGAAAAAGACAAAGGUAUUCAAACAUCCGAAGAUGCAAGAUUUUAUGGUUUAUCAGCCAAAUUCGAUAAACCGUUUUCAAAUGAAGGAAAAACAUUAGUCAUCCAAUUUACCGUUAAACAUGAACAAAAAAUUGAUUGCGGCGGUGGAUACGUAAAAGUUUAUCCAGCUGAUGUUGAUCAAAAGAAUCUUCACGGUGAUUCUCCAUAUAAUAUCAUGUUUGGUCCAGACAUUUGUGGUUAUAGUACGAAAAAAGUUCAUGUUAUUUUCACAUACAAAGGAAAAAAUUUAUUGACGAAAAAAGAUAUUAAAUGCAAAGAUGACGAAUUAACACAUUUGUACACAUUGAUACUUAAACCUGAUAACACCUAUGUCGUGAAAAUUGAUAAUGAGAAAGUAGAAAGUGGCAAAUUAGAAGAAGAUUGGGAUUUCUUAGCACCAAAAAAAAUUCCAGAUCCAUCAGCGUCAAAACCAUCCACCUGGGACGAUAAUGAAAAAAUUGAUGACCCAGCUGAUACUAAACCGAGCGAUUAUGAUAAACCGGAACAUAUUCCAGAUCCAGAUGCUAAAACACCAGAAGAUUGGGAUACAGAAAUCGAUGGAACUUGGGAACCACCGAUGAUCGACAACCCAGAAUAUAAAGGCCAAUGGAAACCAAAACAAAUUGAUAAUCCAGCGUAUAAAGGUGCAUGGGUACAUCCAGAAAUCGAUAAUCCAGAUUAUUCUGAAGAUACAGAUCUUUAUUUAUUUAAAGAUAUUGGUGCUAUUGGAUUUGAUUUGUGGCAAGUUAAAUCUGGAACAAUAUUCGAUAACGUUUUGGUUACUGAUGAUGAAACACGUGCUGAGGAAUUUGGAAAUGAAACUUGGGGAAAAACAAAAGAUCCAGAAAAAAAGAUGAGAGAUGAACAAGAAGAAAGUGAACGAAAGAAAGAAGAAGCCGAACGUAAAGCUAAAGAAGAAGAAGAAAAAUCGAAAAAACAAAGCGAUCCAGAUACCGAUGAUGAAACCGAAGACAAAUCCGAUGACACAGAAAAGCAUGGACAUCAAGAUGAUGAAUUGUAA